UGGUCUCUGGAGCAGGGUGGGCUUGGGUUGAGUCCUUUCCCCCCUGCUCAACUGAUGGGUAUUCUUGGUACUUGGGCAAGUGAUUUGACUCCUUCGAGCCCAAGAUUUCUCACUGGUAAAGAGGGGAUGAUCACUCACAGGACACCUGUAGAAGGCACUGAGCUCCGUGCCAGGCACAGACCUCUAUGCGCUCUUCAAGACGGUCAAGUUCAUUUGAGGAUCCACAUUCUUUGCCAAAUUGGGUCCCCAGCCUUCCCCUUAGGGCCACUGACGAAUGGCCAAAGAACAAGGCUGUAGGGACCCAGACUGUCCCAGAGUCCUCAAAGGAAAGAGCUCAUCAUCUCUUUGCUGCCCUCACUGUGGUUUGGUCACAGCUGAGGACAAAGCUGCUGUCCCCACCUUUCCACCAAUUGGGGGAGGGAAAGUCAGGUUUGAGGCUUGGUCUGAACAGGCAAAGCUUCCAGAGAGAAAAGAAGAGUUAGGUUUUCUAGGAGCGGAAGAGGGUUGUUUGGGGCUGCCUAAGAGGUCUGUAGGCCCUCUGCAGCAGUUUGGGACCUGUGAUAUUUUCUCAUCGAAAGCGUAUUCCCCUUCUAUCCGAGUGGGGUGGAGUGUCCCAACCCGUGACAUCAGCAGAAUGGAAGCACCUGGAAGGUGACAUCACUGUUGCCCACGGCAACACCUCACCUCCACCUUAAGGUAGACCAGGAGGAAUAAGACCCAUCCCAACUGUAAGACCCAUGUUGAAAGGAGGGAGCACGGAAGGCGUGACAUCCACAGGAAAGUUCCAGCCAUGGCCUUGGGGCUCUUCCGGGUGUGUCUGGUGGUGGUGACAGCCAUCAUCAACCAUCCGCUGCUGUUCCCGCGGGAGAACGCCACGGUUCCCGAGAGCGAGGAGGAGAUCAUCCUCAAGAUGCAGGCGCACCAGGAGAAGCUGCAGCUGGAGCAGCUCCGCCUGGAGGAGGAGGCAGCCCGGCUGGCGGCGGAGGAGGAGGCCCUGGAGCGGCUGGCGGAGGAGGGCCAGCAGCAGAACGAGACCCGCACGGCCUGGGACCUGUGGAGCACCCUCUGCAUGAUCCUCUUCCUGGUGAUCGAGGUGUGGCGGCAGGACCACCAGGACGGGCCUUCUCCGGAGUGCCCAGUCGGAGAUGAGGACGAACUGCCCGGCCUGGAGGGCGCCCAGCUGAGGGGCCUCACCCUGCCCAGCAAGGCCGCACUCGAGCGCUUCUCCGAGCGCUGCAUUCGGGGCGCCACAGCCGACGCGGCCCGCACGCGGGAGUUCGUGGAAGGCUUCGUGGAUGACUUGCUGGAGGCCCUGCGCAGCCUCUGCAACCGGGACACGGACAUGGAGGUGGAGGACUUCAUCGGCGUGGACAGCAUGUACGAGAACUGGCAGGUGGACAAGCCGCUGCUCUGCCAUCUCUUUGUGCCCUUCGUGCCGCCUGAGCCCUACCACUUCCGCCCAGAGCUCUGCUGCGCCCGCCGCCCCGUGCCCUUGGGCCGCCAGGGCUACGGCCGGAUCGAGGUGGUGCGGGCCACGGAGGAUGCGCGGGGCUGCGUCUGCGGCAAGACCACGCUGGGGGAGGACAUGCUGUGUCUCCUCCACGGCAGGAACGGCCCGGCGCGGCCCGGCAGCGAGCUGGAGACCCUGCUGUGCGCUGGAGGCUCCCCGUACCUGGACACACUGCGGGUCAUGACGUGGUUCCAGACGGCGCUCACCAGAGCCUGGCACCGCAUUGCCCACAAGUAUGAGUUUGACCUGGCCUUCAGUCAGCUGGACUUCCCAGGCUCCCUCAAGAUCAGGUUCCGCUCGGGGAAGUUCAUGCCCUUCAACCUGAUUCCUGUGAUCCAGUGCGACGACUCGGACCUGUACUUCGUCUCCCACCUUCCCAGGGAGCCGUCCGGGGAGACCCCUGCAUCCAGCACCGACUGGCUCCUGUCCUUUGCCGUCUACGAGCGACACUUCCUCCGGAUGACCUCAAAGGCGCUGCCCGAGGGGGCCUGCCACCUCAGUUGCUUGCAGAUUGCCUCCUUCCUGCUGUCCAAGCAGAGCCGCCUGACCGGCCCCAGCGGCCUGAGCAGCUACCACCUGAAGACCGCCUUGCUGCACCUCCUGCUGUCCCGGCGGCCGGCCGACUGGAAGGCCAGCCAGUUGGAUGCUCGCCUGCACGAGCUGCUCCGCUUCCUGGAGAAGAGCCUGCUGGAGAAGAAACUCUAUCACUUCUUCAUCGGCAACCGCAAGGCACCCGAGGGCAUGGGACUCCCUGAGGCCAUUCGCAGGGCUGAGCCUCUCAACCUCUUCCUGCCCUUCGUCCUGCAGCGGAGUCUCUACCGGAAGACGGUGGACUCCUUCUACGAGAUGCUCAAGAACGCGCCGGUGCUUAUUAGCGAGUACUCCCUCCAUAUCCCCGCGGACUGCCAGCCUACCCCACAAAGCUGUUGUCUUGUAGGGCGGACAGGACCCGGGGGGCCAGGACGCAGGGCGCCCCAUGGGCCCACACCUCUGGGAGCACCUGCAGGCCCCGUCCCCGGAGAACGGCGGGCUUCGUAGCGCGCCACGGCUCAGCCCACCGGGGAAGCCAGGCCCCACGGCAUGGAGGAGACAGGAUUCCAAGCUGGCCGAGCUGGUUUGCUUUCAUGCCACUGGGGCCUGCUGGUGAGAUGGUUGUCUGGGUUGGGUUGAUCCUUUGCGUCUUACUUUUGGAUCACCACAAACGGCCAAGAGGAUGACGAAAUCCUCUCUGGACGCCAAGCUGAAGACAAUGUAAACAUCAAUUCGGGUGUCAUUUUUGACGUCCCGGGUCCAGGCUUGACUUAAAUAUCAACAGGGGAUCUGCAGGAAUGCCGGCGGGGGUGCAUGUUAAGACCCUGCAGCCUGUCCCCAGUAAUGGCUUGACCCCAGGCAUCGCAGCCAAGGCACCAACAGGGACAGUUGUGGGAAUUUGCCACCUUCUAUCCACAGCCUGCACUACUAGGGUCCAAAUGCGGCUACCGUUUUUUAAACUAUUUGGAGAAAAGACCUAGAAGAGAUUCAGGGCCCCAAGGGGCCAAUGUCUGUUGCCCAAAAGUGGAUACUUGGUGGCAGAGAGAAGUUUCCGUCGGCCGCUUUUCCAGCUACAUGUCUCACUCAGGGUAAACUCCCUUCCCCUACCCCUUCCCACAGUGUGCUGUGCCCUGAGCACCGUAGUGGGGACAAGCUCCACAGCUGGUCUCUGGCCAUGCCUGUGCUGAGGGAGGGCAGGUACUGAAGGCGGAAGAUGCAGGAGACACAGGGUGACGGGGGCGCAGGGUAGAACGUGUCCCCAGGGUGCUGGGGUCUGCCUCUGGUGCCCAGUUCGGAGAAGACGGCAGAGCUGAGGAGUGAGGGAGGGAUGCCAUAACCUGGAGUGCUCCUCAGCGGCGGCGUCACAGUCCUAGAGCCAAGCAUGCCUGGAGGCAAGAGGAGACCUAGCUCCAUCUGUUGCUCCCAAGACCUGUUCACUCCAGGGGGCACCCUCGUGGCACAGAACCUCCCGUUUCUGGAUGGGUCUUGCUGGCCACACAGAUGAGCAAGACCCGAAGAGGCUCAGCUGUCUGGGGACACACAGGGACAACAGUGCCGCCCCAGCCCCCAACCCCAAAGAGAUCACCUCGGCAUUGCUGGGGGCUGCGGUCACGGGACAGGCGCCAGAGCCUGCAGUGGGACCUGGCCCAUUUCCGGGCGUGGGUAGGGGGGUUGGGAAGCCACUUCUCAACUUGUGGCUUUGCUGUCCCUUCGGGAAUUCCUCCCAUGGUACUGCCUCACUGACCCAGCAAGCCAAGGGAGAGGCAAGAAUGAGUGCACCUGGGUUUCCCUCCAGGGUUUAAGCUGGCCAGGCCUUUGAGCAGAAUACCCUGUUCCAUGGGGUAUCGGGCUCACCACGAGCUGCAGAGGAUCCUGUCCCUCAUCCAGGGGUGCUCUCACCUGGCCCCAAGGAUUUUGGAAGAUGGACCAUGUGCCCGACAGGGUUCACUUGCAGCAGGAGGUUCAGCUAUGAUGGGGCACUGAGGCCGUAGGAACCCUUUGGUGUGAGCUGGAGUCAGACUGCGCAGACUUGGGUUUUUGUCUCCCCAGCGCUGGGAAGGAUCAUACCCGUAUGGCCCCCAGCAAUAGCCCCAAGCCCCCUGUUCAGUUGUGAUUUGUUUCCAGGAUCGGGGUGAAUGUCCGUAUUUAUUACUGCCCAUGCCUUGCCUGCCCUCACCCCCUUAUCCUUAUGUUGUUGUGCUUGGAGGAGACCCCACAGGCGGACACCAGACUCCAGAAGCUGAGACCAAGUGUGAACCUCCCUCGGCCUCCCCUUGGCUUCCAGGAGAAAGUUCACUGAAAAUUGACCUCCUGGCCUCUUGUUUAUCCAGAGAUGACAACUCAGCAGGACAGCUGCUUGCAGAUCGCCUCCUUCCUGCUGGAUCUUCUAUGCACCAAAGCUGCUUCUGAAGCACAAAGCAGCAGAACUCUCGGUGUUUCGUGCUGCCUUAUUUAUAUUGAAGGAAGAAUUAAAUUCUUGCAAGGAGUAGAAA